AUGAGAAGAAGGCAAGGAGAAGAAGGCAAGGAGAAGAAGGCAAGGAGAAGAAGGCAAGGAGAAGAAGGCAAGGAGAAGAAGGCAAGGAGAAGAAGGCAAGGAGAAGAAGGCAAGGAGAAGAAGGCAAGGAGAAGAAGGCAAGGAGAAGAAGGCAAGGAGAAGAAGGCAAGGAGAAGAAGGCAAGGAGAAGAAGGCAAGGAGAAGAAGGCAAGGAGAAGAAGGCAAGGAGAAGAAGGCAAGGAGAAGAAGGCAAGGAGAAGAAGGCAAGGAGAAGAAGGCAAGGAGAAGAAGGCAAGGAGAAGAAGGCAAGGAGAAGAAGGCAAGGAGAAGAAGGCAAGGAGAAGAAGGCAAGGAGAAGAAGGCAAGGAGAAGAAGGCAAGGAGAAGAAGGCAAGGAGAAGAAGGCAAGGAGAAGAAGGCAAGGAGAAGAAGGCAAGGAGAAGAAGGCAAGGAGAAGAAGGCAAGGAGAAGAAGGCAAGGAGAAGAAGGCAAGGAGAAGAAGGCAAGGAGAAGAAGGCAAGGAGAAGAAGGCAAGGAGAAGAAGGCAAGGAGAAGAAGGCAAGGAGAAGAAGGCAAGGAGAAGAAGGCAAGGAGAAGAAGGCAAGGAGAAGAAGGCAAGGAGAAGAAGGCAAGGAGAAGAAGGCAAGGAGAAGAAGGCAAGGAGAAGAAGGCAAGGAGAAGAAGGCAAGGAGAAGAAGGCAAGGAGAAGAAGGCAAGGAGAAGAAGGCAAGGAGAAGAAGGCAAGGAGAAGAAGGCAAGGAGAAGAAGGCAAGGAGAAGAAGGCAAGGAGAAGAAGGCAAGGAGAAGAAGGCAAGGAGAAGAAGGCAAGGAGAAGAAGGCAAGGAGAAGAAGGCAAGGAGAAGAAGGCAAGGAGAAGAAGGCAAGGAGAAGAAGGCAAGGAGAAGAAGGCAAGGAGAAGAAGGCAAGGAGAAGAAGGCAAGGAGAAGAAGCGCUGGGCAAAGCGCUGGGCAAAGCGCUGGGCAAAGCGCUGGGCAAAGCGCUGGGCAAAGCGCUGGGCAAAGCGCUGGGCAAAGCGCUGGGCAAAGCGCUGGGCAAAGCGCUGGGCAAAGCGCUGGGCAAAGCGCUGGGCAAAGCGCUGGGCAAAGCGCUGGGCAAAGCGCUGGGCAAAGCGCUGGGCAAAGCGCUGGGCAAAGCGCUGGGCAAAGCGCUGGGCAAAGCGCUGGGCAAAGCGCUGGGCAAAGCGCUGGGCAGAGCGCUGGGCAGAGCGCUGGGCAGAGCGCUGGGCAGAGCGCUGGGCAGAGCGCUGGGCAGAGCGCUGGGCAGAGCGCUGGGCAGAGCGCUGGGCAGAGCGCUGGGCAAAGCGCUGGGCAGAGCGCUGGGCAGAGCGCUGGGCAAAGCGCUGGGCAAAGCGCUGGGCAAAGCGCUGGGCAAAGCGCUGGGCAAAGCGCUGGGCAAAGCGCUGGGCAAAGCGCUGGGCAAAGCGCUGGGCAAAGCGCUGGGCAAAGCGCUGGGCAAAGCGCUGGGCAAAGCGCUGGGCAAAGCGCUGGGCAAAGCGCUGGGCAAAGCGCUGGGCAAAGCGCUGGGCAAAGCGCUGGGCAAAGCGCUGGGCAAAGCGCUGGGCAAAGCGCUGGGCAAAGCGCUGGGCAAAGCGCUGGGCAAAGCGCUGGGCAAAGCGCUGGGCAAAGCGCUGGGCAAAGCGCUGGGCAAAGCGCUGGGCAAAGCGCUGGGCAAAGCGCUGGGCAAAGCGCUGGGCAAAGCGCUGGGCAAAGCGCUGGGCAAAGCGCUGGGCAAAGCGCUGGGCAAAGCGCUGGGCAAAGCGCUGGGCAAAGCGCUGGGCAAAGCGCUGGGCAAAGCGCUGGGCAAAGCGCUCGGCAAAGCGCUCGGCAAAGCGCUCGGCAAAGCGCUCGGCAAAGCGCUCGGCAAAGCGCUCGGCAAAGCGCUCGGCAAAGCGCUCGGCAAAGCGCUCGGCAAAGCGCUCGGCAAAGCGCUCGGCAAAGCGCUCGGCAAAGCGCUCGGCAAAGCGCUCGGCAAAGCGCUCGUCGUAGUUAGAGCCGCUAACAGCUUCCAAGUCAGCUCUUAUCCCAAGUAG